GUGAUGGUGGUGCAAAAGGUGACUUACCUUCCGUGACUGACGAGAAGAAAGGCUUGGGGGGGAACCGCACUGGCUACCAAGACGGCGGCAAAUGGCAUCUCGGCUUCGGUUUUACGACCCAUUUUGUUGUGCAUCUAUCAAAACGUGCCCGUCAUGCUUUCCUGAGUUGAUCUUAGCCAUAAACCGCCAAAUGUCUGACACGCCGAUGUUCGGCGUUUCCUACCUCAACACCGAAAAACGCCGUGUUGAAUGUCGACCGUGCCGCAAGUGGAUACACAUCAGGAGGAUGCUCGACAUAUCCAGUGUUUCGCGGCAGGAUGCUCUUAAAUAACCCUGCAUUAAUGACCAAAAAAUUGGUCCGGAAAAGGCAACUU